CAGACACUCUUGUCAGUCAGAGGUAUCCAGCAAGUCUUGAAAAAUCCUAGGCAUAUCUUCGUUGCUGGUUCAUUCAACAAUAUAUAAAACUAUUUUUUCUGUUCAUAAACGCAUAUCUUCUGUGAUUUUAGUUGAAAAAAGAAGGAAGAAGAAGAAGAAGCAUUCUGGGGCAAAUUUGUGUGGUGAGUUAUGGAUGGGAUAAAUUCUGUUGAGAGCAGUGGUUGUAAAAAUGGCGGGGAAGAGGAAAACGAUAGGAUUACUGAAAUGCCAGACUGCAUCCUUGCUCACAUCCUUUCGUUUCUGCCAACAGAGGAUGUUGUGAAGAUGGUUCUUGUGCCAAGAUUUAGACAUUGCUGGACUUUGAUUCGCAGUCUCUCUUUUUCUUGUCCCCAAGAUGAGGAGUAUUAUUAUGAUUAUGAUGGUAUUUUUCCUGCUUUUGACGAGAGAGUCUUGAAUCUGAUUGAAAAUGUCUUGAUUCGUCACGAGAGUUCCACCAUUGAUGACUUCAGUGUCAGGUUCAAGUACAAUAACGGAUUGUCUGAUGAAGACCCUGAUAGAGCGAGUAAAAAAAAGACCAUGGCAAAGAGAAUUCGGACCUGGGUUCGUUUUGCAGUUACCAAAAAAGUGAAGGUUCUUGAUCUUGAUUUAGUGGGAGGUUCUUGUACUCUUGGAGGUUGUUCUACAGAGCUGGAAGUGAAUUACAAGUUACCUGAUUUUGUUCUUAGCAGUGAUCAUCUAACAGAGCUCAAGUUGGUUGCCUGUGCCAUCAGACCAAGAGGGCAUAUUCAGUUAAAAUCACUGAAAAAGUUAUCGCUUAGGGAAAUAAUUUUGAGUGAGAAGAUAAUGGAUGAAGUCAUGAAUGGCUGCCCCUUGCUUGAGGAAUUGUCUCUUACAGAUUGUUCUGGUCUUCGUAAAUUGAAUGUUACUAACCCCAAUGUCAAGAGGUUGGUCCUUCUCUUUUAUAAAAAGCCACAUGAGAGGCUAGAGAUAUCCUGUCCUAAUGUUGUAUCAUUGGAUAUUGAUGGGUCAUUAGAAAAUGCUCAUUUGGAAGAUGUAUCUUCUUCUCUUGUUGAUGCAUCCCUUUCCUUCAAUUACUCUUUGAAAGGUGCGCUUAUGAAGUAUGACGGGGUCAGAAUGCUUCUCAAGAAGCUUGGGAACACCCAGAGUUUUGCACCAUGCCGUUUUUGUAUUCUGGUGUUGACGAUAUGGAAGUUGACAAAUCAGCCAUGUCCAUCCUUCAGCUGGAAGUUUCUAGUACUCAAAAUUUGUCUGUCAAAGUGGCACCUCCCUGGGAUUUUUACCUUAUUGAGAAAUUCUCAUUGCUUGGAAACUCUGACUAUUUAUGUCUUCCGUGGAUCAACUGAUAUGUACCUGCUCCAGAACCGUGAAGCACGAUGGGUUCACGCGUAUGAUUUUGAUGGUGGAAACUACUGGAAUUUGGAGGAGGCCAGUUUCCAUUGUCUGAAACACCACCUCAGAACUAUAAGUAUAUAUGGAUACGUAACAGAGCCGUACAUGAUUGAACUAGUAGAGUUUCUGCUUAAAAAUGCAAUGGUCUUAGAGACGAUGGUGAUUUCAACCAAGAAAUCACCUUUUCAUGGAGAUGAAAUCCGCCCUGGUUAUAUUCCUCCGCCCAUGGAUCGCUUCACUUCAGAGGAACUACUUGAAUUUUCUCAGAAGUUGUUAACCUUCCCCAGAGCCUCUACUCGUGCAGUUAUUCAUUUUUCAUGAUGAAUGUUACCAUGAUUCUACUGCAGUCUGCAUAAGUGCAAUUUUAUUUUUUUUUCCUUUUGUUCCAGCCUUUGCUUUUAUUGACUUGUUUAGUAUAUAUAUGUUUGUGAUACAAAAUGUGUUUCCCCUUUUCAGUCAGGUAAUUGCUUUUACAUUUUGCAACACUGAUGAUAGGUUUGUAAGUAUUUGAUCUCGUUUCCCUUUUUGCAUC